UUCUCUUCUAACGUGUUUGCUGCGAACGAACUCAUCAUUUCAUAUCAUUCAUUCAUUCAUUCAGUGACAUUUUGUGCUGUGACGACAUGGGGGUGUGAUGGAAUUGUACGAGAGGGACUUUAGUAUGCCCGAGGGACGUAAAGAGGAGUUCGGUUGGGAAUCGUCAGUUAGGUUCACUGUGAUUGGGAGGGAGGAGGAAUACGGGAUGUAUCUAGAGGAGCAACGUGAGGGGAGAAAGAGGAAGUGGCAGGAAGGUGGGAAGAUGAUGCGGAGGGACGACAGCGAUGAGAGGGAGCAGAGGAAGAUGCCACCUAAGAAGAUAAUGGACAUAAAUAUGGUUGAGGAUACCAGCCACAGCUGCCAGCAGCAGACAGACCGGGUAUCCGCGGCAAACGUUCUGCGUGUUGCCGCGAGAGAAGCGCGCGAGGGACGACGGCUGGCGGAGUUUGGUGCUCAUGCGUUUGCAAGCAUCACAUAUAAUGCAUACGCGGCGCUUGGCGACAUGGGCGGCAGCGGUACCAGCUCGUCGUCCUCCCACAUGUCCCCUGGGUGGCAGGUCAACGACCUCGACCUGGACCUUACCGGGGAACUGAACAUGAACGACGCACUCCUGUCCUCCUUACCGUCUCUCGCGGUGUUCAAGCAGGAGGCCCCGUCGCCCACUGGUGCUGUACUGUCUCCGCCGAGACGCGUGUGGCCACCGCGAAGACCUGAUGAUAGACAGAUCACCAGCAUGGUGGUGGACGGCGGCCGUGAAGGAAUGGACGAAGGGUGCCAUCAGUCACCGACUCACAACCCCAGCAUGAUGAGUCAGCACGGCAGUCCAGAGAGUAUGCAGUGUCAGCCCACGAUGCAAUCGGGCGCGUUGAUGCCCAUGAACGGGUAUCAUUCCCCCACGCAAGAGAAUAAAAACGCUGGUCUGCUGAUGUGCUCGCCAGCGAACUCUUUAGAUGGGUUCCUACACUCGCCGAUACAACAACGUUCCGAGCCAAGCUUCAAGGAUGAUACCAGGUUCCAGUACGUGCUGGCAGCUGCUACAUCCAUCGCCACCAAACAGAACGAGGAAACACUGACGUAUCUCAACCAGGGGCAACCCUACGAGAUCAAACUGAAGAAGUUAGGAGAUCUAUCCCACUACAAGGGGAAGAUUCUGAAGAGCGUGAUCAAGAUAUGUUUCCACGAGCGACGGCUGCAGUAUAUGGAGAGAGAGCAGAUAGCGCAGUGGCACACCGAGCGGCCCGGGGAGAGGAUCGUUGAGGUGGAUGUGCCGUUGUCAUACGGUGUGAUUCGCGUGGAGCAGCCUUCUUGUCUCAACGCACUCCACGUCUACUGGGACCCCACCAAGGACGUCGGCGUUUACAUAAAGGUGAACUGUAUCUCCACUGAGUUCACUGCCAAGAAGCAUGGCGGUGAGAAGGGAGUGCCGUUCCGCAUCCAGGUGGAGACGUACUUCGGAGCUGACGAGCUCAGUCGCCUCCACGCCGCCGCCUGUCAAAUUAAGGUGUUCAAACUGAAAGGUGCGGACAGAAAACAUAAGCAAGACAGAGAGAAAGUGAUGCGGCGGCCUCGCUCCGACCUGGAGAAGUACCAGCCGGGCUGCGAGGCGACUGUACUCACCACCUUAUCCCACGACGCUUUGAUGCCGCCUCCGUCUUUAGUCACCACCUCACCGCCAUAUUCUCCUGAGAUGUGUGUGACCCCAAAGACUGUUGCCAGUACGAUUGUGGUCAAUAAACCAGUUCUACCACAACCUGCUAUACUUGCCUCAUCAAACCAGAUGAAACCAAUCUACUGUCAAGAUGAUGGUGAAAUGAAAGUGAACACGCCGCCAUGUCACUCGCCUGGCGCCAUUCUACCGGACUUGCCACAACCUGCCGAGGAUCCAGACAAGAAUUAUGGCCUGUCCAAAGAGGCUACGUCAGCAGAGACGCAGACGUGGCUGUCGCGACAUCGGUUCUCGCAGCAUGCGUCGACGUUCGCGAACUUCUCCGGCGCUGAUCUGCUCAGGUUAUCCCGGGAUGAUAUUAUUCAAAUUUGCGGCCUUGCGGAUGGCAUUCGUCUGUUCAACGCGCUGCACGCCAAACGCAUCGAGCCGCGUCUGACGGUAUACGUGUGUCCCCCGGGCGCCACUAUUUACAGCGCCCUCUAUCUACACGCGUGCAGAGCUCACGAACUACUCCACAAACUGAAGGCUCUCCUUCACUCAUCACUUGGGAAGGAGUGCGACACGGUUGUCGUGUCAGGCCCCAACGGUGCCCUAGUGCGUCUCAGUGACGAACUAGUCCGUCAUUUACCAGACAACUCAACGUACCGCCUGCAAAGACUCGACGAUUCCGCUGCCUUACUGCUCACAGCGACCACAGGUACCAACGGUCCGACGACCAGCUCCAACUAAGUGGCACGGAAAUUGUGUUAUUAAACUACAACGGCGAAAUUAGGCCUUAACAUAACAUCAAUCUGCAGAUUUUGUUAAGCAGAAGAGGAAACGCCACUACACAUCCUAUGUGGUUGUAGCCCAUGCAUAAACGUAAUAUCUCCUCUGGAAAGUGUGCACUAUAUCCUGAGGAGAUAAAAACCAUCGCUCCUAAGAAUAUCCUUCAAUUCUUGUCCCUGACAGGUCGCGCGUAGUGAACUCUGAAAAAGGGCGAGCACAAUAGAUCUAUGCAGGUCGCAGUGCUACAGGUCCAAGUACCUGACAAUAGCCCACACAACCCAAAAAAAACUGCAAUGGUAGCACUAUGGACACCUGAAACACCAGGGGUAUCACGUACGCGUUGCUGACCCAAAUAUAUCCUUAAAAAACCCCAUGCUGUAGUCUCUCGCGAAAACUUCGACAGGUAGUUCAUUCUACAAUCUAAGUGUACGCGGGAGGAAGCUCCUCUGAAACCGCCCUGUCCGAGACCACUUAGGUUCCGGCGUGUGUAGGAUAUUGUAUUUGAAAAAUGCAUAUAAAACUGAAUUGCAAUGAACUUAAAAAUGCAAUGGUCUGAAGUUUUGUCUAAAACUAUAAUUUUAGUGUGAUAUUUUUUCCUAAUUCAUGUUGGAUAAUAAAUAUGGAAUAACAUUAAAACAGUCGAUGAAUUCUAGAAUGCAACAGUCUGAAGUUAUCUCUAAAAUUAUAAUUUUAGUUUGAUAAUUUAGUGACGGAAAAUAAUCUUGGAUAAUGAAAUAAGAAACUACGUAAAAUGACAAUAUAUUCAAAUUAUUGGCAAUAGUAGAAUCUGUCCUGAAUAUUUCACCCUGAUGUAAAGUCGGAAUUAUAAUUUUAGAAAUAAGUUCUUUAGAAAGUGGUUUCUUAGGAUCAACCCUAUACGGGUGAAAUGUGAUCUGUUAUUCUAUAUACUACUGAUAAAUGACAUUUCUAAGUCAAUCCAUUCUAUGAAAUGAAAUUCGUUUAGUAUC